AUGGCCAACAAACCAAGCAACAGCACCGAACCAGCUGAGACUGCAAUCUCUCACACCCUUGAGCUUGCUAAGCGUGACACACAAAAGGACAAGUGCUGGAUAAGCGAAGCCAUUGAAGACAAGAUGAGCUGCGAAGAGCACAGGGAAUACUUCUCCACCAUUGUCUACACUCGAGGUGAGCUUGAGAAGCCCACCUCUGGUCCGUACGGGAGACCGGAUGAAUAUCUUCGUGGAAAGCUCCAAGUUGUCCCUCCAGAGAAGAGUUGCAUCUUUGACUUGCCCAUCGCCGAUAGGGAGGGCAUCCCUGGGUGUUGUGUUCCUCAGUGCUCCUCUGAAAAGGAGACCUGCUUCAGGGAGGAACUCAUCAGCCACCACUUCGCGAACCGCAUCCACGUCUAUGAUCGAUUCAGGGGCGAGGAGUAUAUGGAAAGCCUGUUGGAUCAGGCAAAGGCGAUUGUUGGCGGCAUCGAGAAGCGUGUGUCGGAGGCACCAAAGGGCGAUGACAUUAAGUCCUUUGAUGCAGCCCUCGACGCGCUCACGAUUGUUGACUUUACCGACGUCGUUGUCGAGACCCCCCUUCUAAGCACCAGGUUGCUCGACAAGAUUCCCUUUCCUCCUUUUUUGUAUGGCGGAAAAGACGGCCCCAACGCUCAGGCGUGGACAAGACGCCUUAAGCCAGAGGACCCCCUCCUUGAGUGCGAGCACAUACGCCAUCUCAUGAUUCGCAAGGGUGACAGGCUAUUGCCUUCGACGGUGGCCCACAGCGUGCGCGGUACCUUUUCCCGGAUCCCUCUUCUACAGUUGGAGGAUAUCGAUCAUGCUGCUUUGGAAAGGUACUGUUGCGAUCGAGAUUCCUUGUUUGACCUCGAAUGGCGGCUUCUCAGCAACCUCGAGACCCUCUGUCUAGACAUUCGUGGCAUCAUGGAAGACAGGCGCCAAUCACUCGAGGAUUUGUUCGUCAAGAUGGGCAAGCGCCUUCGUCUCAAGACUCUUGUUCUCAUCGGUGUCCCCCAACUGAUCGACUUCAACUUGGUCGGUAGCAAGGAGUACGUUGCGCAACAAGAGGAUGACAAGUUUCUGGUAUUCCCAGGGGAUGAAUACAAUGAUCCCACCGAACUCACCAACUACAUCCACUUCCUCAAGGAAUGCCUUCGCCCAGGCGGCGAGCUGCGCCUAGUUGUGCCCAACCCCCCGGCUUGA